AUGGCCAAAAAGAGCUCGAAAGGAAAACCUGCCGCCUCCCCUGCGCCAAUUGAUGAUGCGAAAGGUAAAAAAGGGAAAAAAAAUAAGGAAGAAACGCCCAAAGACGAUGGAAAAGCGAAACAAAGAGAAAACCGAGUGAAGGUUUCCGCAACCGUAAGCUGGACUGGUAAACUACCGCAUACCUUGCUGCAUGAAACGGUGCAGAAGCGGAAAUGGAAUAAGGUGGAGUACGAGAUGAAAAAGAUUGGGGACAAGGGCAUGCUUGCAAUAGCAAUACUGUCGUAUACGGAUCCCAAAACGAAGGAAGUUUUAUCCGUUCGUAUGCACGAUCCCAGCUAUGAUAAGGCCACUGGAAAGGGCUUACUAGUUCCCCAGGAAACACCGAUUGAAGCUAGGCACUAUGCUGCGACUGUGGCGCUGCACCGUAUUGCCUUUAAUACGAAUAUGCAUAUGAUGUUACCACCGAACCACAAGAAACUUUGGUACGCUCUUGAAGAUUUUCGUAAGCAGCUCGCCAAAGCUGAUACAAGGCAAUGCGAUAGAACUUUCAGUGUGGAUCCGUUUAAGGUCCUACUCGAUGAUAGGAUAGUGAAGGAAAGUAGGAAGCGGGAGAUGGAGAUCAAGAAGCAGCAAGAAGACAAGAUGAGGAAGCCGCCUACACUAGUCACCUCUAUUGGACAGUCCAAGGCAAAUCAAGGGAAGAUUAACAAGCCGGUGGCGGCCCGCAGGGCCGUAUCGUUUCCAAAAUCAGUAUGGCAAUCGGCCCCAUUCAUUGAUCUUGAGGAAUCCUCGAGGAAUCUGAUUGAAAUUACCCUGAAAAAGCAUAUAGACUGGCAGUCGAGGCUCCAUGGAGAUGUUGAAAUGCAGAGUCGCGAAGAUCUGGAGCUGCAGUUGCUAUUUUUUGGGUUUAGAAAAGCCCAUGUUACCGAAGCCAUGCAAUAUAAAGAUCCUUUGUCGUUUCUUAUAUUUAACCUUCCUGAGGAUGAUCUUCCGCCUUUUUUUCACAAGAGGCAGGAAGACUCAAAGGUCAAGGUUGAACUUGCCACACUUCCGCUUGCGACUAGGAACAUGAUUUCGCGUUUAAUGGAAUUUGGUGCUUCAUAUGAUGAAGUCCUUCUGGCUCUUGAAAAGACGGAAUACAAUGAGCCCGAAGCAGCUGGUCUCUUGACAAGGAGCGUAACCCCGAUGACAAUGUCGCCUAUUGAGUUUUCUGAGGAGGAAUCAUCUAAUAUCUGGCGCGACGAAUUAGAAAGUCUUUCCAGCAUAUACACUGAUAAAAUAGAAGUCAUCGAUCGGGAUUCUUGUUAUAUGAUAGAUAUUUCCGGAAAGUUCAACCUCAAAUUGAAGGUAUACAAAACAAAGCAAUAUCCGGGCACACUUCCUGGUAUAAUAAUUUCGACCUUUGAUAAAAACUACAAGCUUCCCAACUACAUUAAGCAGCAAAUCAUUAAAAACCUGCUGCACCAUGUAAUCAAUUCCGGACUUGUUGGCGAUAUGCUGGUUUUUGAUAUGUUCGAAUGGCUCAAUGAAAACUUGGAAGGAAUUAUAGAAAACCCAGGCCCACUUCUAAUCUUUAAUGGAGUAGAAGAUAAACGUCAGAAGAUCAUCACAAGCACUGAUUCUGGCGUAAAUAUGAAAAAGAAGUCAAAUAUUAGGAAGACUUUGAAUGCAGCCCAAUUGAAACAGGUAAAGGCAGAUUAUAAGGCAAGAAUAGAGAGUGCAGCCUUUGGCAAAAUGUUAAAAGCACGGUCCAAACUUCCUGCGUGGAAUAAACAGGAAUCCAUAACCAACAUGGUUUUAAAAAAUGACGUUGUUUUGAUCACAGGUGAAACAGGAUCAGGAAAAUCCACUCAGAUCGUUCAGUUCAUUUUGGACCAUCUGAUUAAAGUCGAAGAGGAUUAUGGGGUGAAAAUUAUCUGUACGCAGCCCCGAAGGAUUUCAGCUAUAGGCUUAGCUGAGCGUGUUUCCGAAGAACGAGCAACACAAUGUGGUGGAGAAGUCGGUUAUGUGAUUAGAGGAACUAAUAAAUCGACAGCAGCUACUAGAAUAACAUUUAUGACUACAGGUAUUCUUGUCCGUAUUUUACAAGGAGACAUUACAUUUUUAAAAAACGCCAUUGUUGUUGUUGAUGAAGUUCAUGAACGGAGCGUUGAUACUGAUUUGAUUGUUAUCAUGUUGAAAAACUUGCUUGGGAAGAUUCAAGGUCUCAAAAUUAUUUUAAUGAGUGCUACCGUUAAUGUGGAUGUAUUCAAAGCGUACUUCAAGGAUUUACAGACAUGUCACAUCGAAGGUCGCACAUUUCCCGUGGAGGAUUACUAUCUUGAGGAUGUUUUGGAGGCGCUAGACUUUAAAGUCAAAAGGGAUCGCUUCCACCAGGACGAUAUGAGGGGCGAUCAUGAUUCUGCCUUCAUCCGGCCAAACGUGGAUUCAAAGAUUUUCAAAAGUGGACAGAUAAAUUAUGAACUGGUUGUUGAGACAGCGCUACACAUACAUCAGCGGUUACUGGAUGAGGAAAAUGAUGGGUCCAUCAUCAUAUUCAUGCCAGGUGUUGCUGAAAUUAACAGAUGUUGUGAUAAGCUUGAGCAAUGCAAGUUUUCGAAAGAAUUCAUGGUUCUACCACUACACUCAGCUCUCCCACCAGACUCUCAGAAGCGAGUGUUCAAAAGAUUCCCCGGAAAGCGCAAAAUUAUAGUAUCGACAAAUAUUGCAGAAACUUCCAUUACUAUCGAUGACUGUGUCGCGACAGUCGACACAGGGCGUGCCAAAGUGAUGCAUUACGAUCCAAAAAAUCACAGUACAGCAUUGAUUGAAGCAUUUAUUUCGAAAGCGGAGGCUAACCAGCGUAGAGGUCGUGCUGGUAGAGUUAGGAAUGGUUACUCUUACAAACUUUACUCCAAGGACACAUAUACUAACAUGGCUAAUUCACCACUGCCUGAGAUUAAACGUAUACCCUUGGAGAAUCUCUAUUUGUCCGUGAAGGCUAUGGGUAUUAAUGAUGUGAUCAAAUUCCUUGGCACCGGGAUCGAUCCACCUCCAAUGAACUCUAUACUCAAGGCUGAACAAAUGCUCACAACCACUGGUUUACUUGACGAGUCGGGGAAGUCGCUUACUGAACUCGGACGAUACAUCAGUCUAAUGCCCGUAAUGGAUAGCAAGCAUGGUAAACUGUUAAUCUAUUCUAUUAUAUUUGGCUGUACCGAUCUUGGAGUGUUAAUCGCCUCAGUACUGAGUAUAGGAAUGACGCCAUUCAUUGCACCGUUUGAAAACCGUGAUAAGAUCAAAUCAAUUCUCUCGCGCUAUAAACACAAAGGAGAUAUUCUGGCGACAGUUGAGGUAGUCCGCCAAUAUCUUGCUCAAAGAGAAAAGUCCGCCAGGAGAAGAUAUAUGGAUGAAAACCUACUAUCUUAUGCCAAAUUAAAUGAGAUAAUGUCUGCAAGAAGCCAAUUCUACUCGAAUCUUGAGGAUGUCGGAUUUUUACCGCUAGGUUAUAAGCCUGGCGAUAUCCCAGCGCUGAAUAAAAACUGUGACAAUCUCAACGUUAUAAAGUGCAUAUUGACAGGGGCCUUUUAUCCCCAAGUCGCAAGAGUGCAACUGCCAGAUCCACGUUACAUGGCAACAAGCUCAGGGUCUAUGGAAAUGGAUGCAGAUGCGAAAGCAACUAAGUUGUGGAUCAGAAACGAGGAAUAUAUUGAUUUGAUAUCCACAGCUGAUCCAGCCACCUCAAUUGAUGCAAAUAAGCUGCCGGCCACAAGAGCGUUUCUUCAUCCGUCGUCAGUGUUCUUUGCCGGCUCGGUGCCCCGUGAGCAAGACCUUGUGACGCUGGACGAGUCCACGGCCAACCUCAUGGUCGCUACCAAAAUGCCUGCUCUAAAUGCGCCUUUCGCCAUAUACGGCACUGCCAAUGCCACCUCCAAAUUAUUUCUCCGCGACCUCACCCUGACUUCUGUACUGGCAGUACUUCUCUUUGGUGGUCCGCUCAGGUACGAUAUUAAUGGAACCACGCACUCCCCCGGUAUGGUAGUUGACAAUUGGCUCCCCAUCCGCACAUGGUGCAAAAACGGUGUACUGAUCAAGGAACUACGUCUACUGUUAGAUCAGGCUAUAAAACAGCGCCUUGAGCGCUCACCGAUACUAAACACAGACAACCCGGAGGAGGAGUUCAUACGACUUGUCUUGCAAAUCGUUCAGUUGGAAUAA